AUGGAGCAUCGUCUGUUGCCACCCGAAAGUCCAGUCUGGGAAGCGGGAGAGGUUGACGAAGGUGCAGUCUACGAGUCCUCGUCUCCGGGAAGUCCUGCCUACACGUCCUUCAGCGGUGUCCUGCUGGUUCCUACAGGAGUCAGAACCUCCCCCAGUAGCGGCGUUGUCCAACACUCUGUUUCCAAGCCCCGCCCCCCAGCUGUGUCUCCUUCGUCAUAUCCAUACGAACACUCGGAUUUCCCGUACAUCCUUAGGGCUCCUAUGACACCAUCCUACAUUCCUGCCUUUUCUCCUAGUCACCCUGUUGGACCUCCGGCACCUCCUACAUCUAGCCUGUUCCCCCUGGGCCCGACUCCCGACCGCACAGACGUCCCUUCACCGGUAGACGUCAGAAACAGGACGCCCUCUGUUUAUAUUCCUUUGGUGACUUCCACGCACCUUAACAGCCCUCCUUACAUUGUUAGGCUUCACCCCCUUCAGGACUCUGACGGAAGGACUCCCCACACCUCCCUCGGCCACAGCUCCUUCGGUAAUACGUUUCACACCCAAACGAGGACUAAUUUCGACGCCUCGGGCUACGUCCCCUCCCACGGGAAACGCCCCUUGUUCACAAAGACCGAAGGGCACCGGGUUCCCUCACGCACCGGAUAUGUCUACAACCGGAAGCCACUAUUAAACACCGCUGUGCCAGAGGUGUCCCUCGCCCUCGAAGUGAUUCUCCCGACGAAGACCCUUGUCUCGAGAACCUCCUCGAUACUGACCAACUCCAGUGACACUCGACUAUAA